AUGUUAAAGGAGAUCAAGUCGUCCCUCGUGGAUAUGAUUCUGCCCUAUCAGAGCAGCCUUCGCGCACAGAUUGACGACAAGCUUGACGUGGCGGCUGCGGAAGCCCAGAUUGCGCAGACGGGACGUUUCGAUAUGGCUUCCUAUGCAGGGCCCAUAAUCGACAUUAUGGCCACCUGGUGUGCCCCCGCGCGGGACGCUGAUGUGGCCCGUCUACGCGACAUUACCGACACUAUCGACUUCCUCAGGUAA